AUGCAAAUAUUCGUCAAGACAUGCACUGGUAAAAUAAUCCCAGUUGAUUGUGAAGCCAAUGACACGAUCAAAAACUUGCAAAACAAGAUUUUUCAAAAGGAGGGAACUGUUCCAGGUUUUCAGGUUUACAUUUUCGGUGGAAAACAAUUGCGUGAUGAGGAAAAAUCAUUGGUAGAGUAUAAUGUUAAGAAGGAUGAUACGUUGUUCUUGGUUUUGAGGUUGAGAGAAAAGAAGGAUGAUGAAGAGGUUGAGAGUAAAGAAAGUAAUGACGAGGAUUAG